AUGAGCGAAUUUGACGAAUUUGACGAAGAUGAUGAAGAUGAUGAAGAUGAUGAAGAUGAUGAAGAUGAUGAAGAUGAUGAAGAUGAUGAAGAUGAUGAAGAUGAUGAAGAUGAUGAAGAUGAUGAAGAUGAUGAAGAUGAUGAAGAUGAUGAAGAUGAUGAAGAUGAUGAAGAUGAUGAAGUGAAUUUAACGAAAAGAUAUGAUCCAAUUUUGUUUUGUUUGGUGCAGUGGUCUUGUGAUCGGUGCGACGGUGGAUUCUGA